UCCCCAUUUCCAACUUCAGAAAAUAAAAGAGAAAUCCCCAAAAAUCAAAUCUGAAAUGGCAAUGCUUCCAUCGAAGGGAGUGGUGAUUUCAGUCCCAGUCCUCGUACUAUCUGUUGCCGCCGCCACGAUUUUUCUCUUUUUCCUCCUAUCCGCCCUAUCGUCAUCCCCUCCGCCGUGCACUUGCCCUAUUCCCACCACAGACUCCACCAGCACCGGUAGCUCCGCCGCCGACAGUGGUAAUGUAAGAUUUGGAGAUCGGAUCUCGGCUUCAGCAGAGGAUGUAGAAUGGGUGAAGAGUCAGAUCGAAGCCAAUGGAUUGCAUAUGCAACAGAAUGUGCUGCGUAAAGGCAUUAAUCCUCGCACUCGACGACAGCAGCUCCAAGAUCUCAUUCAGUUUAAAGGCAUAUCACACUAUGAAGGAGAAGAAGCAAACAACCACACUGCUCUGCCUUGUCCAGGCGAACUUCUUGUAGAAGAACACCAUAGCAAUUAUGGGGAGCCCUGGGCAGGAGGACGAGAUGUGUUUGAGUUUCUUGCUGAGUCUGUACAUUUAACGCCAAACUCAAAAGUUCUUGAGAUUGGAUGUGGCACACUGCGUGUUGGCUUGCAUUUCAUUCAGUACUUGAACCCUGAGCGUUUCCAUUGUUUAGAGAGAGAUGAGCUGUCUCUGAUGGCUGCACUUAGGUAUGAGCUGCCUUCCCAAGGCUUGUUGUACAAGCGCCCUCUGAUAGUAAAAGGUGAAGAUAUGAAUUUCAGUAAAUUUGGAGAUGGACCCACGUACAGUUUGAUAUAUGCAAGUGCUGUGUUUCUUCAUAUGCCCGACAAUCUUGUUUGGAUUGGACUAGAGAAGUUAGCGGGCAGACUGAAACCUUUUGAAGGUCGGAUUUUUGUUUCUCAUAAUAUAAAGUUUUGUUCGAGGUUGGGAGGAGAAGAAUGCACAAAAAGGCUAAAUCAUUUAGGGCUCGAGUAUCUUGGAAAGCACAGACAUGACAGUUUGCUUUUCAACCAUUAUGAGAUCUGGUUCGAGUUCAGGCGAUUUAAGGCUUAAAACAUGGAACAGAGAAUCAUUUGUGGACUUUUUGCUGGAAUUUGUAGCGUGCAACCAACUUCCUUGGACACUCGACUGGGAGCUACCUCAUUCUGUAAUUAGCUUGAGUAGUAUGCCAUCCAAAUGUGAAAGCCAGUGGGACUUGCCCCGUGUUUUUGAGAGGGUGGAGCCCUGCUCAAUGUGAACAAACGAGACGAGUACCAAACACGACGUGCUUCUGUAUUUGCAGUUACCCUAAAUUCACCUUCCAUGUAGAUGUUAUUAACGAGAGUGAUAACUCUCAUAACUUAAAAGACCGAUCACAUGUUUGUAUGUAAAGCUGUUUUUUUUU